UCGUCGUAUCUUCGUAUUCAUUACCCCCCGGUCGGGGUUGCACACGACAGGAUGGCUGUGCUUGACCAAGACGGUUGAUCGCCAGCAUCUGCAGACCGGCUGCUUUGUGCCAACUUCCAAGACUCUGACGCAUGGACGCCAUCAUGCAGGACCAUCUCAUCCCGCGCCCAGGAGAGCUAUCUGGGAAUCAGCCCAUACACAGUACUGGGCCCAACCCCGGCCCCGCCGUCCUACAUUCCACGUCGCCGCGCCGUCGCGCCGUCGGCCGUCCAGCGAUCGCACUCCCCUGCUGAAAAAGGUAAGAUCUAGAACCCGGCAGUUGAUGGAGGUGACAGAUGUCACUAUUGGGGUCGCCAGAGCUUGUGAUUGGAGAGGAAGCUACUUUCUCUCAAGCCGCCGGCACAACAACGGGUAUCAACUUGUCUAGAACCAGCAUCUUCCCCGAACGCCACGUUGGUUAGUCCAGGCGUCGAGCGCAGAUCGUCAUCAGGGAACUAAACUAGGGACGCCGUGGGUUCGUGGGGAACGAACAGUCGCAGACCAGGCAGCCAGGCAGCCAGGGGUCAAUCGUGCCUCAUGGCAGUGGGACAGGUCACGGAGUUAGAAAAUAGACAUACCGGACCCCGAUCUGGAGAUUUUGGAUCGGAAAGAAGCGCCAUUCUUUCUGUUUGCCUUUCCUUGUUGCUGACUUGCUGCAGGGUUGGCGCCUCAUGAGUACGUAUGUAGGGAUUCGUGGGUGCGUGACUUUCAGGUGGGCGGGUGAUGCUGGCGAGCUGGAAA